UCGCCAAAAGGAUCCCUUGUGCUACCCAAUUUCACAGCUUCGAUUUUUUUUCUUAAUCCUCCAUCACACCUCGGUCCGCAAAAUUCAGCGCAGAGGACAAAAGAAACCCAAACGUUUGCAGCCCAGGUCAGAAAGGUGCGGGGCAACGUUUCAAUAUAGGGGGAUGUAAAGAGAAGUGAUUUGCCUUAUCGACCUCAACCGCUCCUCACAGUGUCAUCGCAAGAGGACAGGAGGGCAGGCUGGUGGGUAGCCAAGUUUGAAAAUUAGCCACAGCCCUAUUUUGCAAGGAAAAAAAAAAUAUUGUUUUGUUGUUGUUGGGAUAUAUUUUUGUAUGCUACUCCGAUUCGUCAUAACUCGUCCCGGUGUUCGGGGGUCCGCAUUUGUCGCAUCUAUGGAAUAGAAGAAGCGCUGCUGCAGCUCGGGGAAGAUCGGCUGAAGGUGCGCACUGCCGCCAGGACGCACGCAUCCAUCCAUCCAUCCAUCCGUCCAUCACCUAUAUAAAGCAAACCUGCGUUUCGGCGGUGCUGUUAUUACAGGCAACCCAUCAUGUGGAUUAUUUUGAGCUUGGUUUUGACGGCGACCUACAUCGACGGUGGCCGGGGAUGCCAGCUGCCCCACGACUGGAGACCGCAGACAGAAGCGUGCCGCGCCGAGCUGGCCGAGAUCAUAGUGUUCGCCAAAGUGCUCGCCUUGCACAAGGACUCGUACAGCGUCUACAACUACUUGCCCUGGCAGUACGACACGGACCUGUUCUUCUCUGCAGAAAUCGAGCUCUUGUGUGACCAGGCAUGGGGCAGCAUGCUGGAGGUGCCGGCGGGCUCCAGGUUCAACGUGACCGGCCUGGGCUACUUCCCCUGUUUCUCCUACAGUGUCACCGAGAACAACUCCUACUACUUCUUUCUAAGGAUGGAUGAGAACUACAGUAUUAUCCCUCAUGGGGUUAACUUCCAGGACCCCAUCUUCCCCGACACUGCAGACAACCACCGCAUGUUCGCAAGCCUUUUCCAGUUUUCCAACUGCACACCCGGGACCCAGGUCCACAACUACGCCCCGGAGUGGGAGGCUCAGGAGGACAGUCGGCUUCUGUGCUCCACAGUGCAAAAGGCUCUCUUUGAGGAAGAGGAGCGGGUGAGGACUCUGUCUCAGAAGGUGCGUACUUUGGAGAAGGCCAACGGUCACCUGAGGGACAAGGUCAAGAACAUGAAACGUCUCCUGCGCCAGGCCAGACGAGAAACCACAAAGGAGCAACAGACCCUCAGCCUCAAACAACUGUACGACCCAGAUACCCCCCAAACCCACCCGGACCAAGACACCAAGCAGGACCAGAAGAGACCUCCGCUCAAAAAGGUCCUCGCCAAGAAGCUCAAGGACUAGAUGGCUGCCAAGUUGAUAUUUAAAGGAUAGUUCCAUUGGGUCUCUUUUGUGGUUUUUGCCAUCAUGCAUAUCAGUUAUGAUGUAAUUUUACAUAUCAAUUCAUAUCAUUUUAUCCGCAGGCCUCAUUUUAGACACUGCUAGACACAGCUUUACAUGCCGGCAGCCAUACCAACAUGUACCCUGGUUCUGCUGGAUGACAGAAGCUAAGCAGGUGUGGGCUUGGCUAUUGCUUGGAUGGGAGAACUCCCAGGAAAACUGAAUUGCUGCUGGAGUGGUGUUGUUGGGCCAGUAGGGGGCAGUCUUCCCUCUGGUCCUAAUAAAAACAACAAAUAGCAAAUCCCAAUGCCCCAGUGCAGUGACGGGGACACUAUGCUGUAGGAGAUGCUGUCCUUCGGAUGAGACAUGAAAACGAGGUCCUGACUCACUGUGGUCAUCAAAGAUCCUAUGGCACUUAUUGCAGAGAAUAGGGGGUCCCCUGUGUCCUGGCAAAUUCUCCACCUGGCUCUCUCCAUCUGGCCACCUAAUCAUCCCCCGUGUAAUUGGCUCAAUGAUUCCUUCCUCUCCACCUCAAGCUGAUGUGUGGUGAGCGUUCUGGUGCAAAAUGGCUGCCGUGCAUCACCCAGGUGGGUGCUGCACAUUGGUGGUGGUUGAGGUGAGUUUCCCCCUUCAAUGUGAGGCGCUUCGAGCGUCUAGAUAAAGUCCUAUAUAAAUGUAAUCCAUUACAUUAUUACAAUGGCUUCUCAUGGGGCAAAUGAACACAAGCCAGCACAAACCGGACCUUUCACCAGACUCCUCUCCCCCCAAAAAAGACCCCGAAUUUCUCAAUUAGACUUUGUGCAUGAUUUCCAUUAUGUAUGACUUCUCAGUUGUGCAAGGCAGGUAGUUUAUUGAUGCUGUGUGGCAAGUACAGUUUGCAUAUUCCUGCAAGUUGAACCAGGAAGUAGCUCCGCAGCGGGGUGGACCAUUAUUGAUUUUACUGGACGUUUCAGUUACCUGUUAGCCUUCACUUUCAUUUUCACUCCCAGAUACGUAGUUCAGAUAAAUGGGUUAACUUUGACUUGUUUAAAACACGUCUGUUUCUUGUGUUCAGUCGUCCCAUAAGACAACGUUGUAAAGCUGAGUCCACCGGUGGUCCCGUAUCCAAAAUGAAGCCGGUGAGUAAAAUAUAACCGAUACACCUGAUGGCAAAAAAAAAAAAAACCCCUACAAAAUAAGACCCAGGUUGUAAAAAAAGGGAAUUGUCCUUAAACUCCCUCCCUCUAUCUGCCAUCCAUAGUAUAGUAGACAUCGCGUACUGUGUGUGAAGAGAUGUGAGACGUGAAGGUAAAGCAGAGAGAAUGGGGAGUUUGUCUGUCAUACAAAGCAAAGGGAUGGGCAUCACUGCAGCAAAACCAGCAUGCCGUUAAUUUUUUUUUUACAAAAACAUAACUUGCGUUGGUUUGUGCGCCCUGCAGUGGGAAAACUCAAAGCACCUUGAUUCGUUAGAUCACUUCCACUGGGCCACUACUCCUGUUGCACCCCCACAGAGUGUUCCAGUGCCAUUUCAUCAGAACCGCGCCGAGAAGACUUUCAGCCACAAACAAUCUAUUCGCGUCUUUCGACCGACUCCUUCAUACUCCCCGAAGCGGUCGUUCGUUUGACAUGCGCCAUUUUCUGCCCCCGCCCGCCCGCCCGCCCGCCGAGCCGAACCCCAAGUUCACUCAGAAGGAUGCACCGUAGCCCUCUCACCGCAGUUAAGAUCAGUUCAGUUAAGUGAAAGCAAAGGAUGUACUCACCUCCGACUCGCUGGCUCCAUCUCCUCAGCCACCCCGUACAGUCAGUGCCGUGACUUUAUAUCUCGCUGUCGUUACGUUAUCGUCACAGCCGUCCUCCCCCUACCGCCACGCCGUUACGCUUUGUGUUCUCCACCUCAGCUUUUACCGCUGACCCUCAGUAAAAUCAAUGGUAAUUCGAACCGCGUACAUUUUUUAGGUAUUGUGCCACAUAAAACUCAUAGCCGGCAGAUGGAGCGUAUGAUUUAUUGGUACAAUAUGUGAAUGAUGUCAAAGCGUUUGAAAAAUUGGAACAUUCUUUUGUAAAUUAUUGUUUUGCUGCUGUGCUGGACACACUAAUAAAUUGUAUGUAGGAGUUAUGAUUUAGCCGUAUUUCUAACCGGGGAAAAUUAUUGUUACCAAAAAUCCCCCCACUAGUGUUUUAAAUAGGCACGGUUUAUAGUUCUCAACUGGUAAUUGUCAGAAAUUGAAAUUAUUCGAUGUGUCAGAUUUAACUCCGCCACCCGCAGGAACAUUAGAAAUAAGUACAAGUGUGGUUUUAUUGUGAAAAAAAAAAUUGUCUCUUUGCAUUUCGUAUUUAGCGAGUUACAGGGGAGGGCUUCUGCUGUGUACUGGGGGUAAAGUGUGGAAGGUAUGGGGCCCGGCGUCACAUCUUGUACGAGGCCCUGUAGCAAUUACCAACAGGGCCUUCCACGGCGAGGCAAUCGUGUUGUUUUUAAAAGUCCAGCUGUUUUUCAUUUACGUGUUUAAUCCUCACCCAGAGAACGCCAUCCCCAACGUUUAAGCGAGACUCUUUUGAAAAUCUGGGAAACUUCAUCCUAAAAGGGUCGUGAAACGUGUUCCCAUUUUCUGAGUAGUUGGCCAUAACAGCUAGUGAAUGAACAUGUAGUUUUGUUUUUUUGUUUUUUUUGUUUUGUUGUCUAUUUGAAAAACAGGGUGCUGAGCACUCGUCAAGUGCAACCGCUAUCCAGUGAGCCUGGCAUGCUACAGGAUUAGGCCUUUCAGUAUUGGAAAUAUACGUUUUCUCUUACUUUAAAUUCUAGAUAUCUCUGCCAUUGUUAUUUUGCUUUCUUUGAAUAAUAAUGAUCUUGUUUGCUUUGUCCAUAUUCCUUUUUAUUAUGAUAACAAUAAAAGAUACAUUUUUACAUAA